CUUUCAACCUCUUGCCUCAGAGGGCACAGGAUAUUCGAAUGGGAGCUAUUUUUGUUGCACCCUUGCUUUUCUGCAUUGCCGUUGGCCAGGCUUUCUCACUCUGUUUGCUAACUGAAUAUACCAUGUAUGUGGAGAAGAAAGAGUGUGCUUACUGCCUUGCCAUUAAUACCACUAUUUGCUCAGGAUUCUGUAUGACAAAGGAUCCCAACCUGAAGGAAGGACUGCCUAAAAUGUUAAUGUCUCAGAAAGUCUGUUCAUACAAACAAUAUAUCCACAGGACAGUGACCAUUCCUGGCUGCCCAAUGCACGUGAAUCCGCUCUUUUCCUACCCAGUAGCCAUUAGCUGUGAGUGUGAUAAAUGCAACACUGGCUACACUGACUGCGUCCAAGAUACCAUCAAAACCAAUUACUGUACAAAACCAUUUGAGCCUCAAUAUCUUGGCUUUUCAAACUACAUUUAGUAAAAAUGAGUUUCAUGAUAAUAAUUAGAUUAGAAACACAGUUGUACUGAUAAUAGAACUCUCUGUUUUUCAUUCUUAUCCAGUAUCCAGGGCACACUAACAUUAACAUAGAAUAAAAUUAAUGAAUCAGUUCCCAAGAUUGACAAGUAAAGGGUUUCCAUAUACCAAAGAAUGACUUAGGUGGCCAGGGCAGUUAAUGGCAAAUAUUGAUAUCUGCAAACCUGUGAACCUACUUAUCUAAUGGAAAUAAAAAAAAUGAAUUUAAGAAGCCUUAGACAAGGUGAAAAGAGCUAAAAAGGGUGGCAAAUGUCUUGUUUUAUUCACUAUGUACCUUGGCCUACAGGUUGUGCCCUGAAGAGCAGCUCUUAGUGCUCUCAGAAUGGAGUGCAGGGUUUUGCUUCAUUCUAAAUGCAACAUUGACUGCUUCUGGUAGUGCUGCAUCCAGAAUGGGUGUCCCCUAGAACUCCCCCAGAUUGUGUAUCAUGCAGACAUGCAAGCUAAGGAGUGCCAGUGGGUGCAAGGUUUUGGGUGCCUUAAAAUCAGGGACUUUGCACCUUCAUCAAAUUUUUUAUCUGAUACAAGGCUCAGUGGUGUGACUAAGCUGUGAAGGGCUUUGGCGUGCACAGCAGUAAGAACCCUUUGCCCCCCCAUGGCUGUCUGCCUGCCUGUCUGUCUGGCUGCUGGUGGGGAGGGUGCCCAGAUGCUACAGGUUCCUAAAACUAUUGAGAAAGCAGACCCUGUAGUGCAGGCCCCCUGACCCCUUCCUCUGUAGUAACGCCACUAAUGCAGUGUGCACAAACAUUGCACAAGAUACAGACAAGAUCAGAGAUUUAAAGCAGAAAGACUGUGUGCCUACAUAUUUAUUGUUAUGCUUAUCUUUAAUUGUAUGUAUUAGUCAAAUCCUGUCCUAUUAAUCUUUUAUAUGGUCUUUUAAAACAAAAGUAAAAUGCAAAAUAUCUGUAAAUACGACUGGUUGAGCCACACAAAAAUGUACAGUGAAUUCAAUGUAUCUAAAUGUGCCUCCUAAAAGUGUUUUGAGAUCAUUGCAUCUUUCAGAAAAAACAAAAAAUGAUCUUAAUUGACAUUGAUGACAACUAAACAAAUGCUUGUUUCUAUGACCAUAAAAGCAUGUAUAAAGUAAAAGAAUUCACAAUAAUGCAGUCACAGUCUCUAAUGCACAACUUUUUAAAGAGACCAUAAGAGGGGGUGCAAUUAUGAGCACGAUCAGCAUGGCUUCCCCCCAAGAAUUCCAUAAUCAUUGUGCUCGCCAGGGAGAGCUGGGCCUGAUGCAGUAGUGGCAUUAAAAUGAAUACAAUUGCAUUUAGAAAUCAGAGCCAGUGGGACCCAACAUCACUAGGUGCAGCAGUGAUAACAUUGGAACAGGAAGGCAGAGAAAGUGAGUGCAGCUAUAUAACAGUGCAAGUGCAUUUUCACUCAAGUACCUUUACUGAGCUUGUGGUGAUAAAUGACCCCUUGGAUAAUAUCAAACAAGAUUUAAUUUCCAUGACUUUCAGAACAGCUUCGAUAAAAAAAGGGGUCAUUUACCAUUGCCACAGAGAGAGCUCUGUACUUAAUAUCCGCCACACUAACUGCAGGGCUGCCCAGUGCCUUGCAGUCCCCAGUGCUCCCUGGCACGUGCCCACCUACCAUUCCCUCUGUUAUGCAGCACUGCAUAGUAAGGCAUAACUCUUACUCCAUUCUAGACUGCACAAAAAAUUUCUCUGGGCACAACCUGUUAUUGGCUGUUCUUUAAUAAAUGAAGCCAAAUAUUGAAAUAUUUUUAGUAGGCCUCAAAUUUUAUCCUAUCGCAAGCUUAGCAUUAUGCAAUACUACAAAGGUUUUAGACAAAUACAAAAAAUUACACAUCAAAUUUUCAAAAUUCUUUAAUUAACUGCUUCCAAAAUAUAACUUUUUUUUUCUAACAGAACUCUACCAGUACAGAUCUCUUAUGAAAAACAUACACUACAGUGAGCUGUAGGUGACUGGAGUAACUAAUAGCAAUUAACCGGUAGAGUUUCCCAGUUUUGAUUGGUAGUGUUUACAAUCCCUAUUUGCUCUAAAAGCGGCAGUUAUUAGGCUAAUGCUCCAAGUGCAAUGAGCAUAGUGCAAAUCCAAUUGCGCCAUGCCAACUGCAAUUGUGGUCACAACUGCAUGCACAUUUCAUAGGGAAUAGGAGGCAACUGUGCAGAAAUUCAGAUGCUGUCAUUUUCGAUGUUUAGUGUGAGAGUGACAUCUAUGUCUAAUUCUUUAGGCAAGAGUGUGCUGCGCCUAUUGAUGCUAGGCACAAAGGGCACCUUGGAGUUACCUCCUGGUCAGGAAGUGGUGGUAGCUUCGGGUUUCCCCCUGCAUCAAUAGACACAGCAGCGCUUGAUUUGGAAUGGAAGGCAGGAAGGACUGGGCAGCAGUGAGCGCAACUGUAAGGAAGUGCAAGGAGCACAUUUUGAUGCAAGUGCUUUUAAUGAAAGUGGUGUAGCACACAACUGACUGCAGGGACUGCAACUGCACUUGCGGAUGUAAAUAAGCCCUAAAGAGUUCUGCUUUUAUCACUGUUCCUAGGAAUAAAAAUGGCUGGAGGAUUUACAAUUCAUUAUUGUAUUUGUAUCUGCAGAUGAUAAAUGGCAUUGACAAGGGUUUGCAAUAUCAAAUAUAUGUCAUUGCUGAAAUGUCUAAAUACAAGAAGUUCUGUAACACCCAAAUAAUAUAAUCUGUAUUUCCUUGUAUCUCUUACUUUAUACUAUUUAUGCUAAUAUACAUGAUCUAAUUACUUAACCUACUGCUCAGCAUGGAAAGUAUAUCUCUAGGCAUAAAUUAGUAUUUUAUCUUCCCUGAAAUGUAUCCCUCCACUAAACAAGAGAACGACCUAAAGCUUUUGUCUCCACUUAUAGCAUGCAGAAUUCCUCUGUAAAAUAUUUAGGAAAAAAUAAAGGUUAUUUGUUGGCA